GAACCCAAUAGGCGAAACAUCACAGGCCCCCAGACCACCACCCUUGGAGUCGACCGAUUCGACGCCGCUCGCCUGAACCCUUCACCGCCGCCGCCCGGCAGCCAUGGGCACCCGUCUGGGCCGCCGCGUGAUCCACUUCGCCAGCCUCCCGCUCAAGCUAAUGCUCCCGCCCGCCCCGCUCUCCUCCGUGCAAGAGUUCGCCGUCCGGACCGUCCCCUCCGCCUCCAAGGUCGACAUCCGCCGCUGCCUCGAGUUUGUAUACGGCUUCGCCGUCGCCGAGGUCCGCACCCUCAACAUGGAGGGCAAGAAGCUUCGCCGGGGCCCCUUCCUCGCCGCCAAGCCCGACUACAAGAAGGCUUACGUCACGCUCCGCGCCCCGCUCACGGUCUCCCCCGACCUCUUCCCCAUCGGGGCCAUCCUUGGGGAGAGGGAGCGGAAGGCCAGCGCCGCAGCCGCCAGGAGGAAGGCUGUGGAGGGCGCCGAGGUGGAGGGGGAAGGGAAGGGGAAGCACUGGAUGGAGGACGAGCGGGAGGGAUUCUCCAGGGCCGGGUGUGGGAAGGUCGUGUACGGGAACCCCGGGAGGCUUGGAAGGAAGAGGAGGGGCGGCGCCAAGGUGAAGGAUGAUGCUGGAGUGGAGGGGGUCAAGUUCCCGUGGACCGGGAUGCGGCUGGCUACCGAGAAACCUAGGAGGGUGAGACACUCUCCCCCGAAGAGAAAGGGCAUAGCCAUGAAGCAGAAAUCACGGAAGUUGUCUCUGCAGCACCCCUCAAAGAAGUUGGAAGCUUAAUAGUACUUGACUUGAGAGUUGCUGCGCCGCGACCACGAGACUCCCUGCAGCACGGCUCAAGAAAGUUGGGCCGUGCCAUGAAGCAGGAUGCUGACUGUUGAUCCAUGACUACCCUGGCAUAUCCGUCUCGUUUUUUCAGUUACUUAAUAAACAACAAUGUUGAAGAAUCUCUAUGGAUUUUGUGCCUUCGAUAUGAAGUCCAGUUGGAAUUUAGAGGGCUUUAUCUCAGGCAUGUUUUGCCGAAGGCGGAGACCAGGAAGGAUGCCGUUCCUGCCCCGCCGAGCUUUGAAUCGCUUGUAGCCAUUGCGAUCAACCUCGUUUUGAUAAUUGUCUGCUGACUAGUGACUACUGCUGAUUAGAGAGAACGUGCACCUGUUCUUCAUUUUGCUGUUGCUAUUCUUUUUCACAUGUUUACAUGAAAUUCCAUGAAUUGCUGUCAA